UGAUGAUGAUUGUGUGUCGGUUUUCAAUGAAGUAGCCGAUAUUUCAGGCGAGGUAUAACCACCCAGUUUUGGACCGAGCAUUCCUCUUCGACCCUUCGCCAUCCGCUUCCUCCGCAUACCUCCCUCUCUCUCUCUCUCUCUCUAUACAUUUUUUCUCUUCCUCUGUGAGUUCUUCUCUCUCUCUCUCUCUCUCUGUGGGGUUGGUGUUUUUGUUGUCUGGUUUUGAUUCAAGCGAGGUUUCGUGUUCUUGGUUCAGUGGGUUUCGCGCGUUUGUAUUGUGGUGGGUGAUACUGGAUUUGGUUCGUGGGUUGUCGGCUCGCGGAGGAGAUAGUUUCGUGGCUGUGUUGUUUGCUCCAUCAUGACCGCCGCUGGUCAUCCGUUGAUCUCCGUUCAUCCGGACGAGCUCAAAUUCGAUUUUGAGCUGGAAAAGCAAAGCUAUUGUGAUCUUAAAGUCGUAAACAACACAGAACACCAUGUCGCUUUUAAGGUUAAAACAACUUCUCCUAAGAAGUAUUUUGUACGACCUAACACCAAUGUUAUACAGCCUUGGGAUGCAUGCUUCAUAAGAGUCACUCUCCAAGCUCAACAGGAAUAUCCCCCUGACAUGCAAUGCAAAGACAAAUUUCUCCUGCAGAGUACAAUAGUGCCACCAAACUCAGAUGUUGAUGACCUGUCUCCAGAUACUUUCAAUAAGGAUGCAGGAAAAACAGUAGAGGAAUGCAAGCUGAGAGUUGUAUAUGUUUCUCCUAACACAGGUCAAGAAAGUGUGGAAGACAAUACGCUCAAGAGCUCCAGACAAAGUUUUGAUGACUCCACUAAUCAGUCUGUGCAGCAACUGAAGGAUGAGAGAGAUGCAGCUGUUCGGCAAAUGCAGCUCUUGCGGCAGGAAUUGGAUAUGCUGAGGAGACGAAGGCAUCGGAAAAGUGACCCGGGCUUUUCCCUCAAAUUUGCGCUUCUCGUAGCUCUCAUUGGAAUCAUGGUCGGGUUCCUUUUAAACCUAUCGCUGUCUUCACCGGCGGCAGAAUAAAUUCCCAUGAAAGAAAGUAUCGAAGUCCUUGUAAAAUUUUGCUGGCUCUGUUUGGAAGCAAGUUUUGCCCCUGUUUUUUCCCUCUGCUUUCCAUUUUGUACAUUCUAGUGUCGCACAUUCGUGUCUUAUAGGCUCGUUUGUCAGCUAUUUCCCGGAGAAUACCUGACAUUAGUUUGGGUUUUCACCCAUCGAAUGAUCAUCUUUCGAGCUUGUCGAACGGCGUGGGAGCGGAGGUUAUGAAUAAUUUUUCAGUUAA